AUGACUUUUAUCAGCCCGCUAGCGAUAGACUCCAUUUUGUUCGGAGUUCGACUUAGCGAAACAUUGGCGAGGCUUUGCUGCCUACUGUUGCCUGCGGCCUGUGAUGUCAUGUUGUUGAGUGGAGCACGGAGCACUCUUACCCCACAUUUACCACUGCAUCACGACGCGCACACGGUCACGACUUCAAACCCUAAAACCGCAUCUCGAAAAGUCAUCACGAUGAUUUCCGGCAUACAUCACGUGAAUCUUGUCGUCCCACACUCGACCUUUCCCCUUGCGCGCGAAUUCUACGGCGACACGCUCGGCCUUACACCACGCGCCGUACCCCAUCUCCAACGCGAUACACUCGCGUGGUUCGACCUCGGUACAUCAGGACAGCAAGUUCACAUUGCGAUCGGAAAGCCAGCAGACUUUACGCACGCAUCAUCGCGACAUCCAUGCUUUAGGGUGGGAAGCGUUGAAGAUCUGAUGGCUUUGAGGCAAAGAAUAUGGGAGCACCAUGAGCGCGGUGGCGAGGCUGCGCCAAAGGAAGCCGACAAGCCUGGAGAGAAAAAUAGCGGUGCUGAAGGCGUGGAAUACCCAACGCGUUUCUUUGCCAGAGAUUUUGCCGGCAACAGGCUGGAGUUUAGCGUCUAAUGCUGAUCAGGACGCUUUUCGAGUAGAUUACGAUAUAUUUGCACAUGAUAACAUCAACCCUAUAUCGUCGACCAUGCAUUGUCAAUCGGGACCAUGGCGCCGUUGAUCAUCUUGGCCUCGUCAGACGCCAAAAAGGCAAUGCCUCGCGCAACAUCAUCAACUCCAAUCACCGGCACAGGAGUUCCUUCGCUGUCCUUGCCGACAUGCAUCUGAACGGUCGGGCUGGAUCAGUCAGCAGAGGCACACCUCAUGGUACUACAUCGUGAAGGUGUACUCACAAGAACGUAUUGAAUCCCGCAGAGUCAAAGUGCUCCAUCUGCACCGAGGAUGCAAUGUUGGUAGCAACACCGCCAGGUAGCACCGCAUUGCAGCGAAUGCCUUCUUG